UCCGUUCUGAAUGGAGCAACAGCGGAAAUGGCAUCAUUAUUUUCUAUGUUUCUGCAUGGACGUUGUCGGACGCGGUAGAUUGGAAUCGCAACGAUUAAUUUAGCUAGCUAGCUGCUGAUUAGAAGACGAUUUAGAAGAGUUUUAACGUAGUGACUGCAAGGUUGGGGUGUUGAAACUGCCCUGCGUUCAUGGCCACCCCUCAGUUGCAACAGCCGAAUUUCCUUCUGGCCAAUCUGAAAACUGACUGGGCAAUCAAGCCUCUUCUGCAGCGAUGUCAAGAGUUGGUGAAGGUGAUCGAUGACAAUCCUGCCAAGGAUCUACACCUGAUCUUCCCUUGGCUGGUAGAGAGCAUAUUUGGUAGUCUGGAUGGCGUCAUUGGAGGGUGGAACCUGCGGUUUCUGCAGGCCCGUAACAAUGAGUAUAAUAUCGCUAUGGAGUUCCUAGACCCCAGUGGUCCAAUGAUGAAACUUCUCUACAAGCUACAAGCAGAAGAGUACAAGUAUGAUAUCCCAAUCACUUGUCUCCCAGGACCUUUGAAAGCAUCCAUUCAGGAAGGCACCAUUCCCGAUUGUCCACUUUUUCAAAAGCUGCAGCUCCCUCUCUCUGGCCAGAUGAGUCUCAGUCUGUCCUUCAAUCCCUUUGAAUAUUACAUGUUUUACUUCGCCAUGAGCCUCAUAACCCAAAGGAAUCACCCCAGCGGGCUGCAUAUUAGCACAUCGGACAGUGCCUACUUCACACUGGUGGACGUCUACCUGAAGUACUUCUUGCCUACUGAGGGCAACGUGCCUCUGUCACCUUUCUCAGAUAUCAGGGCCACGGUGCCACCACCUGCAGCCAGGUCCCCCAGCGUUCCGUUUGCAGGGUACGGCAUCCCCAGCACCACCCUGCUGAAACGCCACAUCUCCCAUCAGCCUUCUGCCAGCGCCGACCCCGCGGCCCUGGAGAUCUGGAGGACUGAGACGCUGCUGCAGAUGUUUGUGGAGGUAUGGCUGCACCACUACUCUCUGGAGAUGUACCAGAAGCUCCAAUCCCCCCAGGUGAAGCUGGCGGUGCUCCAGUACCGACUCGGUAUUUCCAGUAUGCACUGCAGCCCCCCGGCCCCGCCCGGCUAUGGGACCCUCAGCACGUACCAAGAGCCCUUCAGCCCCACCGAGGAGCACGUGCUGGUGGUGCGGCUGCUGGUCAAGCACCUUCACGCCUUCUCCAACAGCCUGAAGCCCGAGCCGGCCGCCCCCUCACCCUCCGCCCAACCACAGGCCAGCCCCCUGGAGGAGUUUAAGCGGGUGGUAAUCUCCCGAUUCGUGCAGCAGAAACUCUACAUCUUCCUCCAGCACUGCUUCGGUCACUGGCCCCUGGACGCCUCCUUCAGGGCAGUGUUGGAAACCUGGCUAAGUUACAUCCAGCCCUGGAGGUAUACUUCUGAAAAGAGUAAUCCUUCAUUGGACGGCCAGAACAAAAAUGUCCCUGAGAAAUGGGCAGCCUUUGUGCAGGAGAACCUGCUGAUGUACACCAAGCUGUUCCAGGGUUUCGUAAACCGAGCGGUACGCACGGACCUGGUCAACAGCAAGAACGCGCUAAUGGUGUUCAGGGUCGCCAAAGUUUUCGCUCAGCCCAACCUGUCGGAAAUGAUCCAGAAAGGAGAGCAGCUCUUCCUCGAGCCAGAGCAUGUUCUGCACCACCGGCAGCAGCGACUGUUCCUCAGCCCCGCCCACGGCGGCAGCUUCCUGUCUCCACGGCAACCCGCGGAGGCCGACGCCGUCUUCAAGGUCAAGAGUCACGUCUACAGCCUGGAGGGGCAGGACUGCCAGUACAAGCAAAUGUUUGGGACAGAGCAGCGUAAUGCGGUGAUACAGCUGGUCCAGCUCGUAGCUCAGGCCCAGCAGACGACGAAGCGCAUGUCUGAUUGCUCGGGAGAGGCCGCUGCCAAACAGUCCUACCUCUCCUGGUUUGGCUUGGGUUCAUCAGACCUCAACACCACCUACACAGGUGGAGAGCUGGACGAAACGGGCGAGAGCGGGAAGAAGACCCACGAGCAUUUGGAGAGGGCUCUGGACUACCUGUGUCAGAUAUUUCGGCUGAAUGCUGGGCAGGUGUGCCAGCUGAUGGGAACCAUGGCAACUACAAAGAAUGAUGUGGGAUCCAAUCAGCUACCUGACUGCAUUCAAGGACAAAAUGGGCUGAUCCUCACUGACCUGGGCAGGAUGCAGAUUAUUAAUGGACUGCGCAGAUUCGAGAUUGAGUAUCAAGGGGACCCAGAGCUGCAGCCCAUAAGAAGCUACGAGAAUGCAUUUUUGGUUCGGCUGCUGUUUUGGAUAGCGUCGCUUGUGAACCGGCGGUUUGGAGGACACAUGGAUGCGCUGUGUGUAAGGAGGGACUUCCUGGGCCGGCUGGGGCAGUACUACUUCAUGCGCGACACGCCCGCCGAGAGGUGCCGGAAGAGCCCGGCGACGCGGCGGAGCCUGGAACGCCACCUGGGGCCGCGCCUCAGCCUCCGCCUGUUCGCCAGCUAUCGCACCAUACUCGCCAUCCUCCUGCUCUACCUGCUGGGGGCGCUCUUUUCCUUCGGCCCUCUGUCCAGCACGGGCCUCAUACUGGUGGCCGCCUUUAUUCACGGACUUUUCAUGAUCGCGUUGGCUGAGAAGCAGAAAAAACAAUAGCACGAGUUAUACUACAAGUUUUUUAUUUUUUCCCAGUUCUUGCCUUCACAUGUAAAUACAAUAUGUUUUUUUUACUAGGUCUAUGUUUACAAGCAAAAACAGCUGAUUGGAAAACUGCCUUCACCUCUAAAUGAAAUGUCAACGUCUGUAGUUAAGGGCUCUUGAUUAAGACAUUUGGAAGACAGUACCUUUACUUGUGGCCAGGGGCACCAUAUGGGGAGACGAUUCCGAAGGUCCAGACUCACAGGGGCCUUCAAAAAAUUGUGCUGUAAUUGUUUCAGGGAUGGGGUAGCCCAGGGUGGUGGUUCCCAAAAUGUGAAAUCUUUUCAUGGGAAUCAAAAUCCCUGGUGACACCCCUGCUUGUGGCUUUCAAUUCAAUGACUGACCAAGUCAACAGGUGCACUUCGUUUAUCUGUAUAGAGAUCUACAUUGUAAAACUUUUAAGCUAGUAAUUUUCAGUGUAUUAUCCUUAGCGAUGUAUAAAAAAAGAGUUUCCCUACAAGAUGCUAGUAAAUAGCUUUUAUGCUAUGUAGCAGACACAGAAAGGGGAAUAAAGCUCAGCUCGAAUGACA